CGAGGAGUAUAAAUAAUGUGGCACGCUCGAUUUUCAUACAGAGCGCGGGACUUGCGGUGUCUAUUUCGAUAUAUGUCUGUGCCUCCGUGUGUCCGCAGGACACACUGUAUCUAUACUUUUAGCAUAUUAGGACACAGUACACAAACAGUAUAUAUUAUUAUAGCCAUGCUAAUAUGAGAAGAAAUCUUAAACAUUGCUUAAAACAAAGUGUAUAAACAACGAGAUCUCUCUGUUCACGUUCGUGCCGACGAAUAUUUUUAGCCGAGAUAUUUCCAGCGCGUCCGCUGUCGCGCCAAGAGUGAGUCGCGAGCGAACGGCGAACGACGGCGGCGACGGAGCUCGCCAGUGGCCAGACCGCGGCGUCGCGGGCGAGGGUGCUCGCGGGGAGGGCAUGGCAGAGUGUGGCAGGUGGCAGUGCGGCUGCGGCGGCGCAGCCGACGUUCUGCACGCUGUGUUCGCGUGGCUAGAGGGCGAAGAGUUGUCCCGCGUGGCUGCAGUGUGCCGUGCGUGGCGCGAGGCGGCAAACGCGCCGGCGCUAUGGCGUGCUGCGUUGGCACGCCGCGCUGGCAUGCCGCCGGCGCAGCUGCGCCGCCUCGCCUCGCACCGUCGCGGCCGUGGCGAGGCCUCCGGGUUUGAGCAACCGCCAGGUGCGGAGAGCGACGCCGCGGAGCGCCGGGCCGAGGCGGCGUGGUGGCGCGACGAGUUCGCGCUGGCGGCGGCGGGCUGGCGCGCGCGCGGCCGGCACGCGCUGGGCGCCGGCGCCGCGCUGCUGCACGCCGCGUUGGCCGAGCAGACGCAAGGGCACCCCAAAGACGGACUCGCACUCGCCGCCGAGGACGCCACGCUGACGGUGUGGAUUUCGUUGGACGACGAGGAGGGCAGUGGCAACGAAGGGUGGCGGUUAGCGUGGCGCGACGACGCCGCCGCGCGAGGGUGGCGCAGCGCGGCGCGAGUGCAGUGGGCGCCCCCUGCCGGCGGCGGCUGCGCGCCGCGUCUCCUGGCCGCGGGCCCGCUGGCGCUGGCGGACCGCUGGGAGGUCACGCUGUUCCAGUUCGACGACGAAUGGCGCGGGCGCGCGAUGUGCCGCGCGGCGAGUAGUGCGGGCGGCGGAGCGUGGGCCGGCGCCGACGCCUUCGUCACAACAGAGCUGCAACGCGUCGCUCCUAUGUGCGGUGUCACUACCGUCUGGCUGAACGCGGCGCAUCAGGCGGAGCAGUCGGAGUUCGCGGGCGUGACGGCGCCGUUGCUGCGCGUCUACAACGAGGCGCAGGCGCACAUCUCGUAAGGAUUCAUUUCGUCCGAUCGAAAUUAGGACCGUGACGCAAAACGAAUCGCGGCGAUCCGACGGCGCGAUGUAUUUUUUGUUCGUCGUUAUCGUAAAACGACAAUAGUUU